CGGUCAUCAAGCUGGGUGUUUGUGCUGGCUUGUCCAACGUCGCCGAUGUCACACACGAUGCGCCUGCUGCUGCUCACGGUCGCCGUCGUCGCCGCGUCGACUGCGCCGUGGUCGCCAUCGGUGUGCGGCGGAAGCUUGCUCACCGACAGCGCCGAGCCCGGCUGCAGCGUGAACCAGUGCCACUGCAUGGCCUACGUGGCCCAGUGCGACGACUCGUACCAAUGCAUGCCUGGCACCACGUCGCUUUGCUUGGGCCGUUGCCGCCUCUCGCUGCUCGGACAGCUCCUCAACCUUGUGGGCAUGUGCCUCAUCUUUGGCUGUCCUGUGCUCGUGUUUAUUUAUCAUGUCCAGUCGUUCAAGUCGGCCAACGAGACGCUCGAUACGGACCACCACGUCGCCGACGUCGACGACGCCGACAACCAACUCGUCGACCAGAUCCAGCACGAGCACCUCCUCGAGCGCGUCCUCUUGCACACGACGCACGUCCACGACCUCGGUGGCCACUUCCUCGAGAACGUCCGCAACGCCGGUACCCAGGUGUACAACGCUGGCGGCAGCGCCGUCUCGGCACUCAUCCGCGCGCAAGCCCAGAUGGGCCUCUUCACGGUGCCGCCGACUACAACGGCCGCCGAGACGGCCCGCGAGACGUCUCGGGAUGCCGACUACGUCAUGGGCGACGAAUCCAGCCCGGCGCGGCGGUCGUCCGUCGGGCUUUCGCCCGGUACGCCGCUCCCGCCGCGCGGCAAAGUCGAAAACUCCAUCGAGAGCUACAUUGAUGUGACACAGAUGACGCUGCAAGCACGAACGCACCGCGCGGUCGUCAUCAACGUCCAUCCGCAAAUCUACCUGGAGACGAUGCCCAAGCACGUGCUCCGGCUCUUGCUGUGCCUCGCAGGCCUCUUGGUCUUGAUCAACAUCAUCAUCGUGCUAGCCCAAGCCCACUUUAUUCCCUUUAGCGUCCAGCUCGCGCGCAACGCGUCGAGCACCCGCGCUCUUUGCUCGGCGCUGGACAAGACGCCGUGUCCGGACGCCACGUGGCAGACGCCCACCAUUGGGUCGCACGUCAUUGAUGUCUACCAUCCGUCAUUGCCCAAGACGCCGGACGUCGUUCGGCUCAGCCUGCAGCUCUCCAUGGCGACGGCAACGCGCCUCGGUCCUGGUGUCCACCGCCUCGGUCGGUACACGCUGAGCGUCACGGCCAACGACGACCUUGUCACCAACUACAGCAACGAGCUCCUCACGACCUGCGACGACAAGCACUGCGCCGACAUUCCUUUGGUUGGCGUCUUCAUGAAGAAGUAUGGCGCGUCGCUCUUUGACGCGCGGCAAAAGCGGUACCGCGUCUCGCUGUCGAUCGCAGAGUCGGCGUCACUCGAUACCUUUGACGUUUUGCUCGAAGCCAUGCUCAACGGCUACGAGACCGCCGGGCUCGCGACGAAGGCGAUUCUGGGCUUUGGCACGCUCGGGCUGCUUUGGCACUACCUCUACAGCCUUCGGCGGCACCACAACCGCAUGCACCCGGCUUCGUCCGCCAAGCUAUCGCUCGGCCACUGGUUUGUCAAGCAUUUGAGCUUGGAGCGCAAGCUCUUUGCGCUCAUCUUGGUCGCCCUCGGCGUCCAAACCAACCCGAUCUCGGUGCUCGCGACGUUACCGUGGCUCGGCGCUGUUCCGAAUGCGUACAUCGUCUUUCGCAGCAUUUGGGAGACGGUGGUGUACACGUUGGCCCUCGGCGCGCUCCUCACGAUCAUCGACAGCUACCGCAAGACCAACCCGCGGUCGUUCCAGAACGGCGCCGCGAUCGCCUUCCUUGGCACGCGCUUCAUCAUCGUCAAGUGCGUGCUUGUGCUGCUCGUGCUCGGCGCGCGGCUCGCUCUCGUCGUCGCCACAUCGUCGCAUUUUGGGCCCACGACCAAUAUCGACCUUGUGAUUGCCACCGCCGACACGGGCUUGUGUGUGCUUGGCGUCGCGCUGCUCGUGAGCGUCUGCUUCAACGUCUCGGCGCACCUCCAGAAGAAGCGGUACUCGGAGACGCGGUACCAGUCGCUCGCGUUCCGCUUCAUGUCGAUGAUGGCGUAUGCACUCCUCGCGCUCUUGCUCAUCAACGUCAUCUUUUACAGCGCGUACGCCGUCGUCUCGGCGUACAAACCCACGUUCGUGCGGCAGACGAGCGUCAUGACCGAGUGUACGUUUACGGGUCUCGUGUACAUCGCCGUCGUGGCGUUCUACCCGCCGACGCGGUACGCGGCGACGGCGGGCGACGUUCCGCGAGGCUACGUCAUUCGCGAGAAGCGGCAGUUUAUCCACACGCCCCAGGAGCUGUCGCCGAUGACGCCGACGACGCCGCCGGCGAUGACGACACCGACCACAAGUGCGUCAUCGACCAAGAGCGGGCGAGGGCUUCCCCGCGCCGACGCAUUCCGGUGCAAACCGCUCUCGACGCCGCACCAUAUCUUCUGCCUCGAGACAGCGUGUCGGCUCUUCAACGCAUCGCGCCUCGCCUACUACAGGUCGACGCUGAGCUUGCGGGACGAAGCAAGUGUCGACGAGAAUGAAAAUCCGCUCGAGUAUUUGCAUCCGUCGGCCUACUGCAACCAAGAAGCGUUGGCCCGGGACGGCAUGCACGAGGUCGCGUACCUGCACGACGCCGGCACGGACACACACUGCUUGGUGCUGCAAGGCGACGCCAAGAUCGUGUUUGCCUUCCGGGGCACCGCGUCCAAGACGAACGUCAAGACCGACCUCGAGAUAGCAUUGGACCCGCACCCGUGGCCGGUCGACGACGGCGCAAAGCCGGGGUAUGUACACCGGGGGUUUGUCCACGCGUACAACUCGAUCCGCGACCGCGUGCAUGCGACGCUGCGGUCGCUCUGCAGCGAGUAUCGGCUCCAGGGCCUUGCCCCGGAGCACCACGUCCAAGUAUACACCACCGGCCAUUCACUCGGUGGCGCCCUCGCGACGAUCGCGGCCCUCGACUUGCGCACGCACUUCCAUGCGCGCGUCAUCAUGUACAACUACGGCUCGCCGCGCGUCGGCUGCCACCACUUUGCACAAUCGUUCAACCGCGCGGUGCCUUUGGGGUUCCGCGUCGUGAACGAAGGCGACAUCAUUUGCGGACUGCCGCAGAGCCUCCAGCCCGAGUGCUGGAGCCGCCGGAAGAAAUUCUACAAGCACGUGGGCACCGAAGUCGUGCUCGACGGCCGCAUGAACGGCGACUUUCUCAUUCGCCCGACGUUUGCCGAGAAGAACCUCAUUGUUGACGUGCGGCGCAAGCCCGCGCGCCAUAUGCUCAAGAACUACAAGCGCAACUUUGACAUGAUCAUUGCGAGCGUCCUCCGUGACGAGACGAAUGGCGAUGUGCACUACCAGUCGACCCUCGAGAAGGCUCUGUACGGCGCCUUUGGCAGCGGCAACGUCGACGACAACGACGACAACGAAAUCACGAUCGACGGGGGCGACCGUGCCUGGUUUGAAACGAGUCCGCGAAGCACCAACACCAGCUUCGCACGCGCGCCCAUGGCCUAAGACCCCUACAACUCGACUAAAGUACUACACAAAGAGUCCGAGUCGGCGAGUCGCUUUGCUUGCAGAUGCAGCUUCGAUCGAUCGACUCGAUAUUACGAAACUAGUUUUUAGUUUUUUCGGGGCCAUAGAACUGUGCAUGUACUAGGCACAUAACCCACGGAGAAGUAUAGUCGAUCGAGUCGACGAUCCAAGA